AUAUACAAUAUACAGCCAAAUAAUCCACACUAUAGCGAUGACUAUGAUGAUGAUGAUGAUUAACUUUAUCGUCAUCAUCAUCAGAAGUCCGUCGAGAAGCCAAGCCAAGCCAAGCGAAGCGAAGCGAACGAACGGUAUUUGUAGUAAAAAAGCGGCCAAUAAACCGAACGCGUGCGGUUCAAGGUUUGGCCAAAGCCAAAAACGAAACUAAAACGAAACAACAAAUACAACUAGAAGAGAGCCAUGUAGCAUGCUAGCGAAUGACGAGCAUACAGACGACCGACGACGGACGGCGGACUACGGACGACGAUUGGGGCAGCCAAAUGAAUAACAAUUAAAUCUGAAAAGCAUGAAAUCAUCUGCCGAGACCCGGGGUAUCCAAAACUAGCACAAGCCGAAGCUCCAUCACCAUCACCAUCACCAUCACAAGCUGAAGCUGAAGCUCAAGCUGAAGCUCAAGCUCUGGCAAGCACUAAAAUAUGUAUAUGUAUCCAUGAGAUACAUCGCGGAUGAGGCCGAAGCUCAUUGACCAAAAUGUGGCAUGGAGCCGCUCUGCUACGCUGCCACAUUGCCGCGCUGCCACACUGCCGCGCUGCCAUGCUGCUGGCUUCUGUUACCGUUAAGCCAAGUCAAGCGCCCAUUAACAGUUAAGACGUCGGGCCGCAGCAGUGGGGCCAAUUACCCGAGAGCUCAGGGUAAUUGACUCUGCCACAGAACUCUCUGGGUCGCAGAUGGACAGAGGGGAGCCCGAGAUGCUGCAGGAAGAUAAAAGCCAAGUAGAACCCAAGUGCCGCCAGAAAUCGGCUAAAAUCAGUUUACUCGGGUCUCUGACUUUGAUGUCAGCUCUAAUUCCCAAUCCCCAUUUCCAUUACGAUUCUGGCUCUGGUCCCUCCUCAUAGUCUCUCCUCAUCCCAUCUACUCGUAUUUGUUGCUAUGCAAUCCAUUCCCUCAGAUUUUGGUAGGAAACUCCUACAUUUACCACUGGCAGAAUAUUCUUCCUUAUCGCCAAGAUCAUAAGCCUGUAUAAUAAAGCAAUAGUUACGGAUGAAUACCUUUUCUAGAUUAGACUUUGUUUCUAAAAACUCCUCUGCCGUUUCGGGCUCCCUUAUUAUAGGAUUCCUCCCAUGGAAGCUUUGCGUUUCGCAUGUGAACAUUCCCAUUAGCCUUUCCCAUUCCUGGACCCAGCAACAGUUCAAGUUCUUGUCGUUGUUGUUGUUGGUGUUGCUGUUUUUGUCUAGUUUAUUACAAAAUUGACCCACAUAUUUGCUUCGUAUUUUGCGCCACGAAUGAGUGGCCAUUGUAUGGCCACAGAUACAUUUGUAUCUCACUCUACACAUGAGUGUGUGUGUGUGUGUUUCUUGUUAUUUAUUCAUUAUUAUUUUAUUUUGUGUCGUUUCUCUUGGGUCUUUUUUGUGUGUGUGUGUGUGUGUGCGUGUGCUGUCAUUAGCAAAUAAGUUGGAGAGCUGAUGGGCGGGGUCGCUAUUGUCCGAUGACAUUAAUGAACUUAUAUGGAUGAACGAUUCGGAUUUGAUGUGUCAACAAUUUGGCAAAUAUCUUAUAUACACCACUUACGUACACACACACAUGCAUACAAACAUAAAUAGAUGAUCCCCAGAGAGUUUUAGGGUAUUUCAGCUAUGGAACCGAAGGCGAAACAGAAUCGAGAAUGGAGAACUUUCAAAACCAUUUGUUGUACAUACAAGCGGGGAUUGCGUGUGUGUAUGUGGUGUGUGUGUGUGUGUUUUGUUAGCCCUCAUCGUAAUUGACAGUUUUGUGCCAAGAAUAUACCGCAAACUGUUUUAGUUUUGAUUUGGAAUGGCAGCCGCCACAGAAUGAUACGCCUGGCUGCAUUGGCAGGCCAAGAUACGAUACACAGAUGCACAGAUAUAGAUAUACAAGUACUUGGACAGAAACUGAUACACACUCGGAGAUCCGAAUACAAAGUGGAAGUGCAGCACAGCACCAAAGAAGUGACCUCUAAAUGGAGAGAACACCAAGUGCCAGGCCAGACAUUGAGGGAACUUGCAACCUGGCCACGACACGCCACGCCACGCCACGCAAUGCAACGCCGCGGUACACCACCCCAUCACACACCACCCUCACCUCACAGUCGCAGCCACAAAGUGAGGGAAGGUGCAGGCGAGCAGAACCACCGCAGCAUGGUGAUGAUGUUGAUGAUGAUGAAGAAACCAGGCAGCACGCAAAAUAUCUGCUUAAUAAGUGCACAAAAUGUUGAAUGACUGACGGCUGGAUGUGGCCUGCCACAAAUGGAGACGGCUCGGGCUCGGGCUCCGGCUCCGGCUGGGGCUUCGGGUCUUCCAUUCAAAGCGCUAAACAGAACAGAACCAAACGCUGAAUGGACAGGGGCGUCGACAGUAACUGUUUCGGUGGGAGUGGGUGUGGCAAGGUGUGCUGCGGGGUGCUGAGGGGUGGAGGAGCAUGAGCCAGAGAAGCGUAGCGUAUCUUGCCAGUUACUUGGGGAGUCGCCUCUUUAAUGACGUCUGUUUUUAUUACAAAAUGUAUUAAAAUGUUGCACAGGUGGUUUCUGUCGGUGAGGCAUCGUGUGAGAGGCAGAGUGCGGAUUCUCUCUGAGGUGGAGUUACCACGACGAGGCUCUGUGUGUUGAUGAGCCUAUUAAAUGCUGUUGAUGGCUUUCAGCUGAGACAGAGGCAGCGGCACAGGUAGGGGCAGGGGCAGGGGCAGGGGCAGAGGUUGUGGCAGAAACAGAGGCUGGGGCUGAGGCUGAGGCUGAGACAGUAGUCCGUUGUGUCCGCUUCCACUGGCUGCUGAUGAGACAUGCGAUAGAGAAAGAGAUGAAGAUAGAGGUUUUUGUGGCCGUUGUCUGGCUAAUGACUGACGCUCGACUGUCGACUGUCGACUGCCACUCGGCUGUGCCCCAAAAGCAGACAGACAUGUUUAAAGUGGGUUAAAAGCGUUAAGCGCAGGCGGAUCGGGGUCGCUGGGAAAUGUCUUCUUCGUGCGGCAGUGUCCAAAAAGUUGUUGGUUGAUUUUUUAGAAAAGAUUUUGAAUGGAAGCGGAUGCAAAUAUGUAUCUAUUUGAUGUAUAUGGACUUAAGUGGAAGAAGAUUCAAACUUUGAUUUAAAUGUUCAUGAAAUUCCGCGAAUGUAUGGAACUAGAACAGCUUUCUGCAAAAUCGCAUCUCCUCUUUCUCCAUUAUAAUGCAAAUCUCUUCUUUGUGGCACUCCUGUGACCAUUUAAAGCACUCUGCAGCAUGAGGCACAACCCACAUAGCUGGCUCCUGCACGCGGAAACCUCUUGGUGGCAAAGGAGGUUCUAAGACAGACCCCACCGUGCACUUUAGCUAAUGUGUGUGUGCACCAUUUCAUAUUUAUGCGUAACCUGGCUCUGUCUCUGUCUCAUUAGCAGAUGCCUCAAGUGGCUGGAGGGGCACCAUCAGUAGGAGACACGGGACUGACUCCAUCUUUAACAAUUUUCACUUGCACUUCACUUCCCCCAUCAGCUUCCACCCCUCCACCCUUCUGGAGUUAAUUUUAUUUGCAAAAUAAAGCGAAACAAACUUUAAAUGGAGUCAAAUGCCAAUGCACACACACGGAAAGUACACACACACACACACAAAGAGAGCACGAGCACACACCAAGUGCUGGCCAGAGCCCCAGACGUCUGCCGAACAAAGAUUGCACAUACACAUACCCAUACACACACAAAAGCAACAAAAAAGUUCAAACGCCAGACAAGGAUGCACCAAAGUGCAAAGGCAGCAGCAGCCAGUCGUCGGGGAUGGGAAAGGGGGACCCGCAGAACGAACGGGCGAACGUCCAACGACCGAAGCAUCGUCCAGAGGGCUGUGGGCAAUGGGGGGGGAGACAGAGAGAGGGGCAGACUGGGAAGGCACUCGAGGCAGGCGACGUACAGUGGGGAUUUUUGGGGAAAAGUUAUAACAUCUAUAGAUAUUGAACUACCAGGCUGUUCUGUGAUAACUUUUCGCAGAUAAACAUCGAAGUUCAUUAAGACCUUUAUAGAUCAGCUUCAGAAGAUCCAAAAAUUAUAUCCAUCAUACGCAUUUGGUAGCACUUUUGUGAUUUAUUGACUGUUUUUCGGGUAGAGGACCCACUGUGCGACGACGGGGCGACGCAUCAGCGAGGGAACAGUGCUUGAAAAACGGAAAGCAAAAAGGAUUGAACAACCUGGGUGAUAUGGCGGGAAAAGAAGAGGUAGAGGAGAAGGAGAGUAGAGAGUGGAGCAGAGCCAAACAUAGGGGAGCAGAGGGAGAGAGGAGAUGCAGAGGGAGCCCAGUGGAGAAAGGGAAAACAUAGAGGAGCAAAGGGGAACAGUGCGGUGGGAGGCAAUGCCCAAACAGCAGGAGGCGACGCACGUAAAGACGACGGCGACGGCGACGCAGUCAAGCACACACGCACUACGCCAGCAACACACAAUCGCACACACAUUCGCUGCUGCUGCUGCUGCUGCCGCUGCUGCUGCUGGUGGUGGUGGAAACAAGAACAAGUGCAUUGACACUUUACGGACGGCCAGAGAGCACUGGGUAGAGGGAGGAGAGGCAGACAGACAGAAAGAACAGGGCAAAGGGAGAUGGACUGACGUAAAGCAGAGGGGAAAACGGACAGAGCAGAGACGGACAGACAGACAGACGGACGGACGGCAAGGCGACUGCAAAGGGUGAAGCACCGCCAGCGGUGCAUUUUGAUAGCAGUCCGCAAGCAGAGAGCCCAUAAAGGGAUCGACCUCCAGAGCUCCACACAGCUGAUCCACAAAGAAGAUCGUGCAGGGGAAGGAGCGGCGGACAGAAGAGAGGGCAGAAGCCCAAAAACAGAGUCAGAAAACACACAAACCAACAAAAAAUAAAAAAAAUUUUAUAAGAAAGAAAGAGAAACAGCAACAAAAUUCGCGUUCGUUGCACCGAAUCCAAAAUUCGAAUUGCUAAAUGAGCGCUGGGAGAGGCAAAAAGCGAGAGGAUGAUAAGGAGUGGGAGGGAGGGAUCAGAAGAGCGGGGGGUAGCUGAUUAUGAUAUUGCAAAAUGAGAACAAAAAAACUCACAACUUCAACCCCAGACUCUCGCAUAAUGAUGACGCUGGGAAUCAUCGUAAUGAUGUUUGUUGUUGCUGCUGCUGCUGCCGUUGCGAUGUUGAUGAUAAUGACGAUGACGUUGCCAAACAACGCGCCACAAAAGCAAAAUCAAGAAUGAAAUGCCACAAAAACAGCAACAGCAGCAACAACAACAGCCACAUAAGAGAUCUUUAAAGACAACAAGAAGGGAGGGAAAUUCUUGACAGUCCGAAGCCUUGAUACCCUUUAAGAUCAAUUGUUCUAUGGAAGCCACAGAUAUUGAUUCACUCGAUAUGUUCCGAUCUGUACUCAAAACGUAGUUACACCGAAAUACCUUUAAGACUAAGGGUCUGCUUGGCAUAUAUGGAGCUUGUCAUGGCUAGAGAAAUUAACUUUGAGCAAGGAUAUGUGUAUAUAGUGACGCCACAAACCUAUGUUAACAAUCGUACUACUCACUUUAAGAGUACAAAAACGAAGAACGAGCAUCCUCCUCAACGACAACGACAACGACGUUUAUAGUUCAACGCACUGUCAUGUCAGGGCAGGGUGCUGCUGAUGCUGCUGCUGGCUCCAAUGCUCUUCGACUGCUGCUGCUGCUGUUGCGAUCAGUAGCGUAGCCAUUGGCCAGUGCCCUGGGGUCUGGUGUCUGAAAACUCCUGCAACAGCAGAAGCAGCAGCACCAAGAGAGGAAGAGGAGCAAAGAAAUCACUCACGCGCUUGCAACUCUCUGUCCCUCCCGGUCAAUGAUCGUGCGAAUGUGUGGUGUCUGUGUGUGUGUGUGUGUGAGAGAGACCUCCUCAUAAUGAAGACAACGACUCUUGUUGACUUUCAUUGACAAUAUGGUGACGGAUCUGAUGUUGAUCUUAUUAUGCUGAGCCAGAGAGCAGAGCAGGGCAAAGCAGACAGGAAACGGUCGCUAUCGAUGGUCCACUAAGUGAUCUGAUUAUGUUGAGAUUCGAUGGGGGGGAAUGUGAAUACUGGUAUGAGGAUAACAAGGGAUGAUCAAAUUGACCGUGCUGAUGACUUGCAUCAUCUGUACAUAUUUUCUCGAACGCGUAUCAGUGACGCAAAGCUGUAUCAUCAUCAAAAACCACUGAUCAGUGAUCAAUUCUAUUUAUGAUCACAAGAAACCAAACAUUCUUUCAACUCAAUUACAGUAGAUCCUCCCCCACUACUAUUGUGAUCCGUAUCGCUGGUGUUGUGACCGCUGCACACAGUCGGACAGCUUCUGCUGCUCAAAGAGUAGCACCCACUGCAUGCCGUGCCACUUGGCUCUGGUCGAUCAUUGAUCUUACCUACUUGGCGCUGUUAAUUUGUAUUAUUAAUUCAAUCAAUCACAGGCCCUGCCUGCCCUAACGAUCGAUCACCCAUCCCCAUGCCGUCCAACGAUCCAAUGAUCCAACGAUCGAUUGGACGACUGCCUGCGAGCAUUGAUCUCAUCUCCCGCUUGUAUCUGUAUCUUGUCUCUGUCAUGCCACCGUCGUCUUGUCUCUGCCCCUUCGACAGACUACUGUAUCUACGGGCACUGUACUGUGGUUUGGCAUCCCACAAAUGUGGCGGCGUUCUAGUUUUCCUCUGUCUAUUCGCAUUUUUGUCUUCGCCUUCGUCUUCGGCCUGCCCUGCCUGACGUUUGCCUCUUGGCUAAUUUAAUUGUUUGUUUUUUCAUUAAGGCUCCUACAGCCAGAUAGAUAGAUGGAUAGAUAGAUGGGCGUAUGGAGAGCGAGAGACUGGGAUAGUGGGAUGGUGGGAUGAGGGGUAUUUCUGAAGGCUUUUUUAGUUCAUUGAAACAUUUAUAGCACAAACGCGCGCUCGCCGCUGGGCUGGCAUUUAAUUCGCUAAUUGCUAAUGCGCUCGCUCGCCGCUUAUCAAAUUGGAGCAUCGAAAACCUAUUUUGCUUCUUUUAUUUCGUUAGUUUUUUUCGUAUUUUUUUUGUUUUGGGCGUCUGCCUUUUUUGUUGCUUCUGCUGCGGCUGUGACUGCCGUUGUUUUGCUGUUUAAUUUAGCCGCACAUUUUAGUACAAAUGUUUGAUAAGAUCCCGAACUCGAGUGGCUUGGUUCGGCAUUACUCAUACGCACUGCUGGCCCGGGACCCGUUUUCGCUUCCGGCUGUUGAACGGUUUUCAUGCUCGUAUUUUGAGCUUUUGGCAGAUUUUCAUAUUUAAUUAUCGUUUUUAUCUUUUUACUCUUUUUUGCUGCUGUUGUUGGUGGUAAACUUAUGACGUUUCAUGCAUGCUCAAUUCGCAUUUCAAUUUCGAUUUUGAUUCAGAAAUACUAAAUAAGUAAAUGCGGUUUUUGGAACAGGUUCAAGAUACGUUUAAUGAUCUGGUAAUUUCGCUGAAAUCCAUAUAAAUACUGAUGUUUCUCAGUGGAUUGCUGAUGACGAUAAUCUGCGUUAAUUUGCAGCUUAAUUGAAACGUUUAUUGCCUGUUUUCUACAGAUGUCUGAUGAAUCUCCCUGCCUUGUCGCUGGCAAUUUAUCUAAAUUUCUAUCCAUUAAGCGGGCUUUGCUUUUGACCUGAAACCUCAAGCUGUCUUUGAUCUAACCACUCAAUCAGUAAAGCCACCCACUGUCUGUGACUUGCCCCACAAAAUUCUGCAAAUUUCCACACCACGCUCACCAUAGCGCCAGAAGGCAACUGGAUUUUCCGUUUUUCCGUUUUUCGUUUCUAUCUAAUUAGGUAGUCAAAAUACAAGGGGAGAACGCUUCUCGACUCCCUGUAAUAUAAACUGUGUCACUAAACAGAAAUCUCCGACAGAACAGAGCCAGAGUCGUGGAGGCAGGAGGCAGGAGGCAGUAACGGAGGCAACAGCAAACUCAACUUUGCCCAGAGAAUUGUGUCAAAUAGAUAAAAAAGAAAAACGAUGCCAGCAGCAACAACAACGACAGCGACAGCAACUGCGACGACAACGAUGAUGGUGAUGGUGAUGGUGAUGAUGAUGAUGAUGAUGAUCAUGAUGAUGGUUAUGGGGCAGACAGCCACUCCUUUCAGCAGUUGAGGCAGCAGCAGAGGCAGUUAUAAUUAUAACCUCAAUUCCCGCUUUGCUUUUGGAACUGUGCUGCUGCUGCGUGUUUAAUAAGAGAAAACUGGCCCCGAAAAUUGUAGAGCAUUUGAAUAAUUUUACAAGAAUGCAAUCAAAAAUAAAAAUAAAAAAAAAAUCAAGAAGAAAAGAGGCCUCCACAGAAGUGAAAGACUACGAAAGAGAUUGUCCAAAAAAAGUAGGCGGUGGCUUUUGUUGAUUUAAAUGGCACCCAAAAAGUCAGUCAUGGAAGAAAACAGAUAGGCAGGCGGAGAGACGGACAGACAGACAGACAGAUAGACAGACAGACAAACAGACAGACGAGCGGACACAUAAGCGGAAAGAUAGACAGCUGGACAGCUGGGCAGCGGGACAGAUGAACAGAUGAACAGAGAGACAGCCGGACAGAGAGAGACAACUAUUCAAAUUGAGGUCAUUCAUCUCGCUUCGUUGAGCCCGCUUAAGUGAAUUAUGUAUACGUAGAUACAUUUGAGUCUGGGAGAAGGGGGAAGACUCCACAUAGGAGGGGGCAGCACUGAGUAGUGACGGGGAGGGGCAAGCGUAGAGCAGUGGGCAGAAGGUGGGACAGAAGCUUAGAUGAGCAUGUGAAUGGAUGGGAGGCAAUGUACUCAGAAAAUAGAGAGAAAAUAAAACUAUUUUCUAUUUCUAGCGCUUUUUACCCCUCUUAACACUCCAGCAAUGGAGUGGGGUGGGGUGGCGUGCGGUUGGGUCGCUACUCAUUUACACUUCGGGCUUUGGGCUACGGGCUUUGGGAUUUGGGCUUUUGGGGAAAGCCUUUCUCCCAGCCGCACAGAGAACAUGCUAAUUGCUCGCAAUUAGCCAUAGAAUAGAACUUCCAUCUACAUCUACAUCCAUCUACCUCCAUCGAUCCCCCUCCAGCAAAGCAAAGCAUAGCAAAAUUCUGAUUGAUUGACUCGAGAUCGACGCCCUCUUCUUGAGAUUUGCAUAAAUAUUUGUGCUUAUCUCUAUAUCUCUCACAAUUCUCUGCACAAUUUGAAUUGGGAAUUUGGAUAUUAAUGCCUUCUUCUCUUCUCCUCUUUUGGUUUGGUUUGCGUUGCUUUACUUUGCUUUUGGUUCGUUUUGGAUCCAUUUGAUUUUCUUAUGGGAGUAGGUCAGUACGAAAUUUGCAUACUAUGCGACGAGUGUUUGCCUUUGAUUUCUCACCCGAUUUUUUAUUCAUAUUCUGAUUCUGAUUCUGACUGUUUGCCCUGCCCCAAAUAUGUACGCGAACACGUGCUCCGCUUGCCUCUUUGGUCCGGACUGUGGGUCAUUUGUUGGGGGAUUUCUUUGGACUGCGAUUGGAAUGCUGGUAUGCAGGUAUGCGGCCCCCUCUUAUGGUGUUUAUUUUAUGAACUCGCUUUUCUCUCUCUCUCUCUCUCUCUCUCUCUCUUUAUAUUGUCGUAUAUCUAUCGCUGCAGAAUAUUAUAAAACAAACGUAAACUGAAGUCGAAAGAUUAGGGACAAGGGAAUGUCCGAUACGAGUAUGGCUAGGACCAUUAGAAUUGGGGUCAAUUGCAGUGUCCACAAGUGGCAACAAAGAGGCAAUUACAUAACACCUUAACAUAUAAAAUGUCCUAAGCUCUCCACACAUCCAAUCAGUGCGGAUCCAUCCGCAUUAAAGACAGCAUGAAGUCGGUUCGAGUUAACUUGGGACUCCUGCUCCUGUUCAUUUGCACGGUACAGGGCCAGGCCCAAAAACAGGACUAUCCUCCUUGCGAUUCGGAUUCUUUUUGCAUUUGCAGGGACCAUCAGGUGGGCGAUCUGCUGCCCGACUGCGAUGACUGUUCAGGGUACAUCUACUGCGGCCUGGACGUCAUACAGAAGUUGAAAUGCAGCCAGGGGGAGAUCUUCGACAGCAGGCUCAGUGCCUGUGUGCCUGGAACGUGUCCUCGCAGAGAUUGUACAAAUAGCGUUCUAUUUCCAAUGCACCCAGCAAAGUCCCCUAAAUGCUUCAACAAGGAUGGGGUCAAUUUGGAUAUAUUUUGCAUUUGCAACGACCAUCAGGUGGGCGCUUUGCUGCCCAACUGCGAUGACUGUUCAGGGUACAUCUACUGCGGACUGGACGUCGUACAGAAGAUGAAUUGCAGCAAGGGGGAGAUCUUCGACAGCAGUCUCAGUGCCUGUGUGCCUGGAACGUGUCCUCGCAGAGAUUGUACAAAUACAGGAAAUCCAGGAGACCCAGUUACACCAGCGGGCUGCACCAAUAAGGAGGUGAACUGCAGCUUCCAUGGCCAGAUCCUGCCCCAUGGCCAGCACUGCCGCUUAUUCUGGACCUGCGUGGAGGACUGCCCCAUGCUGGGUUUCUGCGAGCUGGGGAUGUGGUUCGACCGGGAAAAAUUCGUGUGUGAUUACCCAUAUAAUGUCAGGAACUGUCCGAUCAAUCAGGAUUAGCUUGAUCCACUGUAAAUACCAUUUACAAUCCAAUCUAAUCCAGUCAAAUUCAAUAAAUAUGUGUCAUGGCAAA